GAUCAUUAGCAUGCAACAAAUUUCACUUAUCAGGUCGUUGAUCGUAACAUUUCCGUUACAAAUUGAUUUUUGCGUGUGUAGCACGAAAAUAGCGUCCCGGGCGUCGCUGCGUACGCGCCGACAGUCGGGACACCAGCGCUGGACGCCUAACCCGUUUCCCCAUUCCGCCCUAGCACAAAAAUACAUCCGACAUUGCGUGAACUCUUAUCACAUCACCAUUCCUUUUGGAAUACAGUGUAGUGAAAUAAAUGUUUGAAUUGUGAUGAAAUCAAUUGGAAUGUGAUAUUGAUGUGUAUUUAUUUGGACAACGUCCAAGUGUAUUUGUGAACCGUAUAAGUGCAAGGUCUGCCCUUAAUUGUCUGCGUAAACAGAAUGUUCCUUUAACUGGACAUGAAUAACGGCACAAGACGAGCCUUAACAGGCUCUAUCCACAAAAUUAGAGAAUUCGAAUUGGAAAAAGUGUGUCUGGUUGAAGAAUUUGACAUACUGCAAAUAGUCGGUGAAGGAUGGUUCGGCAAAAUACUUCUUGUGGAGCACCGAGCUUCCGAUACAGAAAUUGUACUUAAAGCCUUGCCGAAGCCUUAUGUGUCCAUACGAGACUUCUACAGAGAGUUCCAUUAUGGGUUGCAUCUCAGUGCACAUAAAAACAUCGUAACUACAUUUGAUGUUGCUUUUGAGACUGCCGGAUUUUACGUAUUCUGUCAGGAAUAUGCUCCUUUGGGUGACCUCACAUCGAACAUGCUUGACACAGGAAUUGGAGAAAGUCAUACCAAACGAGUAGCGAGACAAUUAUCUUCCGCAUUGGAACAUCUUCAUCAAAGAGAUUUGGUACAUAGAGAUGUAAAACUUGACAACGUCCUAAUAUUUAAGUCAGAUUUUUCACGAAUAAAACUUUGUGAUUUUGGAGAGACCAGAAAAGUAAAUUCUUCAGUCCGAAGAAGGAACGAAUGGCUGCCGUAUUCGCCUCCUGAAGUAUUAAAAUUACCCAUGGACGCCAGUUACAAAGCGUUAAUAACACACGACGUUUGGCAAUUCGGAAUUGUUAUUUUUAUAUGCCUCACAGGCUGCUUGCCGUGGCAAAAGGCGGCUUUCGACGACCCACGGUAUACAAGCUUUUAUAAUUGGUAUAAUAGUUCUAACCCCUUGAAGAAACAACCAAAGCUAUGGAAAAUGGUAUCAUCAAGGGCUCAAAAAAUGUUCAAGAAGUUUGUAGAGCCCAGAGAAGAAAGGAGAGCGACUAAUUUCCAAGAACUGUCUAGGUAUUAUGACGACCGAUGGAUGGCUAAAGGUUACACGGAUAGAGUUGCGGGAAGUGACAUAGAUGAACUCUGCCCGUCAAUGUAUAGUUUCCACAGCGAUGUCAAUGAAAAGAAUAUCCUUUUGAAACAUUUCCGAGACAAUGGUAUUGAGACGACGGUUGAUCGUCAAGCCAAAAAACAAAGGAUACGCGAUUGGAUUCAGAAUAGUGUUAUUGAAGAAGGCGAUGAAGAUGAUGAAGAAAACCCCGAGCUGAUUUUUGAUGAAGAAACUGACGAAGAACUUCAAGAUACCUCUCGAGGACAUCCAAUUGAUGAAAGUCACAGAGUCACAUUGCGUUACGACACUGAAAAACAUAUAAAUCCAAGAACUGGUGAAGUAAUUGAAGGAAAUAAACCUCCACCUGAGAAAAACCCUCUUUCUUAUGAUGUGCAAAACAUUGAACCUGUAGCUCCAGCAAAUGUCGUUCGAAGGUACGGGGUCAAAGAAGAAGGUUCAUCUCAUAGCUCCACAAAAGACAGCGCAUAUGGUUCAAUGGAAGGAAAACUUCUAGGCCAAACAACCCAGUCGUAACACAAAACGGCUUCAGUCCUGGUUCGAGACAGCAACAAACAAAAGCUCAGGCUUACGUGUCUAUGAAAGAAACAGCAUAUGAUAUCGUGCGCAAUGAACCUAGUUCUGCGGCGGACAACAACACGAACUUAACUCAAGCAUUAGUACCCGAUAGUCCCUAUACUUCAAUGAUGAACAUUGUUCAGGGUCAAAUUAAAAUUAGUCCACAUGGUAGUGAAUCUAACCGAAAUGUAGUUAAUGUUUCAGUGACUAAUGUUAAUCGCAGUAAAAAGAUAUAAUUGCUCAAAGUGGACUUGUUAUGAAUUGCAUAAUAUAAAUACAGCAAGUAUAUUGUUUAACACAGGUUUACACGGUAACCCUGAUUAUA